AUGAGUUCUGUGCACUACCUAAAUAUACGUAGUGCCUUUCUUUCUAUUGGACUACAGUCUGAAAUUUAUGAAAUCAUGAAGCAGGCAAUAGUGUGGGAUGAAUACCUCACAGGACCCUUUGGAUUAAUUGCGCAAUACUCGCUUUUAAAGGAACAUGAGGUGGAGAAGAUGUUCACCCUCAAGGCGGGCCGUCUGCCACCUGCUGAUGUCAAGAAUAUUAUUUUCUUUGUCAGGCCCAAGCUAGAAUUAAUGGACAUAAUUGCUGAAAAUGUGCUCAGUGAAGACAGAGUUCGCUCUCCGCAGAGGGACUUCCACAUUUUGUUUGUGCCCCGUCGCAGCUUGUUGUGUGAACAGCGGUUGAAAGAUCAGGGAGUACUGGGGUCCUUCAUUCAUCGAGAGCAGUACAGUUUGGACCUCAUUCCGUUUGAUGGAGACUUGCUAUCCAUGGAGUCUGAAACUGCAUUUAAAGAGUGUUACUUGGAGAAUGACCAAACAAGUCUGUACCAUGCAGCCAAGGGGCUGAUGACCCUACAGGCACUCUAUGGAACCAUUCCACAGAUCUUUGGGAAGGGAGAUUGUGCACGGCAUGUGGCUAACAUGAUGAUCAGGAUGAAGCGAGAAUUCCCUGGAGGCCAGAACUCAAUAUUUCCUGUCUUUGAUACCCUCUUAUUGCUUGACCGCAAUGUAGACCUGUUGUCACCGUUAGCUACUCAGCUUACAUAUGAAGGCCUUAUUGAUGAAAUAUAUGGGAUUCAAAAUACCUAUGUGAAACUCCCGCCUGAAAAGUUUGCUCCUAAGAAGCAGGGUGAGGGCGGCAAGGAUCUCCCCACAGAACCAAAGAAACUCCAGCUGAAUUCUGCUGAGGAACUGUAUGCUGAAAUUCGAGACAAGAACUUCAACGCUGUGGGGUCGGUGCUGAGCAAGAAAGCCAAAAUUAUAUCUGCUGCUUUUGAGGAAAGGCACCAUGCUAAAACUGUUGGGGAGAUCAAGCAAUUUGUUUCUCAACUGCCACAUAUGCAAGCAGCUAGAAGUUCUCUAGCAAACCAUACCUCGAUUGCAGAGCUAAUCAAAGAUAUUACUACGUCAGAAGAUUUCUUUGAUAAUUUAACAGUAGAACAAGAGUUCAUGUCAGGAAUAGACACUGACAAGAUCAACAAUUACACUGAAGAUUGCAUUGCUCAAAAACAUCCACUGAUCAAGAUAUUAAGGCUGGUUUGCCUACAAUCCGUGUGUAACAGUGGACUCAAGCAGAAGGUGCUGGACCAUUAUAAAAGAGAGAUUCUCCAGACUUAUGGCUAUGAACAUAUAUUGACAUUAAACAAUUUGGAAAAGGCUGGACUCUUAAAACUUCAGACAAGCAGUAGAAACAACUACCCAACAAUCAGGAAAACCCUGCGCUUGUGGAUGGAUGAUGUCAAUGAACAGAAUCCAAAUGAUAUUUCGUAUGUGUACAGUGGCUAUGCUCCAUUAAGUGUGCGUCUGGCACAGCUGCUUGCUCGCCCAGGGUGGCGUAGCAUAGAGGAAGUUUUAAAGAUGCUCCCAGGACCCCACUUUGAAGAAAGGCAGCAGAUACCUACUGGUCUUCAAAAAAAGCGUCAACAGGGAGAAAACAGACUAACCUUGGUGUUCUUUCUGGGAGGCGUGACGUAUGCUGAAAUUGCUGCACUGAGGUUUCUUUCUCAGAUGGAAGAUGGUGGCACAGAGUAUAUCAUUGCCACCACUAAACUAAUCAAUGGCACAAGCUGGAUCAAAUCCUUAAUGGAAAAACUGGAGCCCCCACCUUUUUAGAAGCUAUGGAAAAAUCCACUUAAAUUCUUCAGUCUGCAUGUUGGUGUUCAGGGACCUCCACCAUUGCCUGUUCAUUGAGAACAGGAAAUUACAUCUGCAUCAGUGCACUCAAUAGCUAUAUAUUUUGCUCUCUAUUUCUGCUACAUACAGAACUUUCUAAUAGAAUGACUCAGCGCGAUAAAGGAAUAUGAGGAAAUAAAAAUCAGUAUCAGAACUCUGUUGUUUGAAAUAUAAAGUCAUAGAACUCACCAGUCAGCAUAACACUUGCUCCUUUCUGUUCCUCUGACAAUUUUUUUCUAGUGUCUCUUAAAUUGCCAGAGCUCAGUGAAUCUUCACUGUAACAAAGGGUGACUGUCCUAUAAUCUUAAUUGAUCUAUGCCAAAAGUUUUUCCUGGUGUCUUUAGUUCUCCCUUCCUUACUAUAAUUCUAGUAUUCCUACUCACACCUUUCCUUUGCUCCUACCACCGCCCUACAUUUGCUUUGGUUAAAAAGCAUCUGUGAUGGAUACUAGGGAGUCUGCUGCCUCACCAUCAGGGACUCCCUUUCAUGCUGGUUUGUUGUGGCAAAGUACAGAGCUUCCCAGCAUGUACUUUCACCAGAAACACACAAGUAGGAAUGUACCCAGCUGCAGUUACAAGCAGCAUUAGUGAUCAUCCUCUCCAUGGGAUAGUUACGCCCAACUCAUGCUCUCACCUCCUCUGAAAUGUAAACUUAAAUUAUACCAGCUUGUGCUACAGAGGGAGCUGAACAGCAUAAGAUCAUAAAGUGUACCCUUCUCCCUCUAUGUAGAAAGGAAUAUGCAAUAGCCUUUGGCCCCUGACUUAUGAUUCCCCCAUACUGAUUUGAUUAGCAAAUAAGUUUAACUACAAAAUAUAGGUUUUUAAAGGAUAACAAAUAGAUCAAAGCAAUUGCAAUAAUGAAAGUACACUGUAAACAAUACACUAAAUAGGGUGAAGAAUUUGUAGCCUGCUUGUAGUCUUACCUGCACAAAUUUCUCUAACCCUUCUACAAUGUAGGGACACACACCUUUGCCCAGUUCCUAGGGCUCAAGGUGCAACCUUGUUAAUUUACACACCCACCCUUACCCAAUUCUUAAGGUUCAGGGUCCAUUUUCCUGUGGAUUUUGCAGGAUCUUUAGCCACUGAAAGAGCCUCACACAGUAAUAUCCUUAUCCUCUAUUUAUUGACAAUUCCCAAACAAGCAGAAUACACAUGCUAAGCCCACAGUGUCAUGCUCACCAAUCCUGAUAAAGGCAGGCAGACUUCCCCUGUUGGCCAGGCAAGGUCAGUCUCUCUGGAUUUUAGCUGCUGCACAUCUCGGUUGUGCGGAAGAGUCCUGGGAGCUCUUAUCUUAAGUGGGGUCUUGGAUGUGAGUAGUUCUUCUUGAUCUCCUUCUUGGAUCCCAGUUUAUAUAAUGAAACCUGAGUCUUGCUUAGCUAUACCGUAACCAAUAAUUUUACUAAUCAAUCAGCACAAUUACCUAACCAAUCAUACCCCAUCACCUUAAUUUAUUUACACCUAGCAAAAUUAAUUAUACAACUGACAAACAGUUACAAAUCAGAUAGAGAUCACACAC